AUGAGUUGGUCCAGCCCCUCCUCGUUCAGCUGGGUUUAGUCCUGUCUCAGCAGUUGAUGGGAGGAGGAGGCGCAGUGUAAGGAUCUCUCGGUAUUCUGGGCAACAUAAAAGUCACCGUCGGACAAUCAGUUGGAUUGCCUGAUUAACAAGGCAGAUCCAAUUUUCUGGAUCGGGAAAGAAAGAAAGAGAAAGAUUUAACAUCAAAUUCAGCCGCACGUUAACGUUACUGGAAUAAACGAUGUCAAGUCAACGGUUUCCCUCCUCUUCAGGUGAUUUAAGGUGCAGUCUGUGAACUUUGCUAUCUUGGCUACCUAGACCAUCAGGGAUAUGACCCCAGCCCUGACUAAAAUCCUGAAAGAUGGCCAUGGGAUCCACCUGUCCUCGCCUCCUGCCUCUGUCAGAAUGGACUCGGAUGGGAGAGCCAUGUGUAGUACUGAGCUGGAGUCUCAGAUGAGGUCAACAGAUGAUGGUGACAUCCAGAAGAUGUGGCUGAACCUUUCCCUUUUCCCCUCUCUGGACUCAAGUCUCCCCGUUAGCCCCCUGGACGACCCUGCCAACCCUCUGCUUUCCUCAUGUCCGCAGGCGUCUGCCAGCCAGUUUGAGACGCUGCUCUUCCCCAGCCCUGCUUCCCUCCUCAGCUUCCUUUCCUUCAGUAAAGGCCUGAGAGAUUCUCAUCAGGUGGCCCCAGGUGUGCCAGACAUGUUUUUAGUCCCUGAGCACAAUAGCCAAGAGGCUUGUCUGCUGCAUGGAUGCAAUGCUACUCCUGAAUGUGGGACAGAUGGUGGUGAUGUGUAUCACUCCUCUCAUGUCCUUAGCAGUGUUCCUCCCUCAUAUUCCUCUGGGGAGAUAAGCUCACUGGACUGCACUCCCUUCUUUGCACCCCCACCUACAGAGACAAAGGGGAAAGUGGCUGGAAUGGGCUGUCCUCAUCCAUCUCCAGUGCAGCCUUAUAGUGGCAAGGUGAACUCUAACCAGCUGGCAUUCAGGGCUGUGCUAGAUGCGGCUGUGAAGGAGCAGCUCUCCAGGCAGAGAGGGCUGCAGAGCCGGGCUCAGAGGCUGCAAAGGAGACUGCAUGCCCUACUAGGAGAACACGCUUUGCUGCACUGCAAUCAUCAGCUGGAGGGACUAGAAAGGCACUGUCAAGUCGGGGGGGUGUCUCUGGACAGCCUGGACUCCAUACAUUACAUACCGCAAGUGGGAGAUAAUUGUUCCUGGGUCGAGUUGUCCACAGAUUCGUCUUCCUUCAUAGAGCUCAGAGAGUUUAACCUUUCCAGCCAGGCGGUGCUGAGAGGCCUUCAGGAGGCUUUGGACUCCGAGGCCACGGCCAGCAGCAGCUCAGAGGAGGAGCAAGAGGAAGAUAAGAUAUACAGCAAAACCAAGACUUCACCUUUCAGCAGCAGCAGCAGUAGCAUUAGCUGUGAGAGGCGGUGGCUGGAAGAGAGAGCGGAGCUGGGCAGCAGAUGGAGUUGGUUGCAGCUGCGUCUGGCCGAGCUGGAGGGAAGGACACAACAACUGAUGGAGCUCCACAAGCACAUCCGCUCUACCAAGGGUGGUGUGGUGCUUGCAACGUCCCAGCCACUGACAGACAGACAAAUUCAGCAGACCCUGCUGACAGAAAUGGAAGGGUUGUCCUGCACAGCCUCGAAUGCUGACACUGAACCUUGCAGCCCCACACGCCUUCUGCACAACAUAGAGAGACAGAGUGCUCAGCUCAGCCAGAUUGUCAACAGUCUGAUGCUUCCUCUGAGCUUUUCACCUCCAUCAAAACAACCACAACCACACACCUGGAAAGGCAAGAGAGCCUUCACAAGUGGUCAGAAAGGAGACUGUGUUUUUGUGCCUGGGAGCUCUAAGAGAAGGAGACUGGCUACCAGGAGGCUCUUCAAAGCUGAUGUGUCAUGUGUGUGUGCCCGGACCCGACCUCUAGUCACCUACCACAAGCCUAAACUGUUCACUUUCAACACCUGCAACCCCAGCAGUUCACAGGACUCUGGGAAGUCCACAUCCACCCUAUCUUCUUCUCUCUCAGCGUCUUCCUGUUCAAGUUGUUCAUCCUGUGAUCCUGUAGUCCUGUGCCCUGAUCCAGACUGCAGCUCCAGUAGGGCCCUGUACUCCAGGACCCCCGGCUUCACAUCGCACCCUGUGCUGUCUUUUUCAUAUGACACUCCUCGGUCCCACCACUUAAACAGGGUCCUGACCAGAGAGGAAUGGUCCCAAAGGCCUUUGGUUUUCAAUGUCCCACCAUCCAGUCUAACACACUACAACAGACACAGCUCCACACCACUGCACAAUAGUCACAAAUACAGGCAGCAUGCAAGGCAUCAUAAAAGCAGAGUUAUGGGUCUGUCACCUAUCAGGAUUGCAGGCUCUGCUCAGAGUCGACACAGGAGAGCCAAUCAGAAGAAAAGGAAGACGACACACAUCCACAGGCUGAUAGAAGAUGAGGAAGAUAUCCUGUACCAGCGCUGUGACAGUUCAGAUGAAGUGCUCGAGGAAGGCUUUACACAGGCGUCACGCAAGCAUGCCUCACAGGGCUUUGUUCGCAAACGCCAGGGAGAGAGUAAGUACAACAUCAACAACAUUGUCAUCCCCAUGUCUCUGGCUAAAGUGGAAAAACUGCAGUACAAAGACAUCCUCACACCCAGUUGGCGGGUUGUUGACACCUCAUCUCUGAACAGUGAGGCAGAGAAGGAGGAGGGCAAUGAGGAGGGACAGGUGGAGGAUCUCACAAACAAAGUGUUUUCCCUGAGACACCUGGACUUAGAACAGAGAGAGAAAUUGCGCUGGCCAUCAUUGGGAAAAAGAAAAUGCUGCAGGCUUCCUAAAAGAUCUGGCAGCAGGUUGUCAGGCAGUGGGGGCGGGAUGUGCACAUCAGGAGAGGAGAGCUCUGUGGAGUUGAGUUGUGCUCAGUUGGAUACUGAUGAGCAGCAAAGCUCAGAGGAGUGGCUGCAGCCUCAGACACCCUGGGACCCACGAGUGUUUCCCUUGGGUGAGGACGAGGAAGACGCCCUGCACUCUGAUAACCGAGAACAAGUCCCAUUAGGGUGGUUAGAGUGUAGCGCUGCCUCCUCCACAUCAAAGAACUCCAACUCCCAUCUCUCCCCAGCUCCGUCCUCUGGCGCUACACUGCCGUGUGGUGGACUAAGCCAGAGCUGCACACCCAAUGGCAGCUGAGAGAGCAGUGCCUUACUUUUAAAUAACUCCACAUGUCUGGGACAAGGAGGAGAAAAUGUGCCAUGGAAACCUUAAUGGGAUACUUAAUACAUUCCAGAACAGCGAUUUGAUGUUAUUUGUAUAAUACUUUAAAAAAA